CUUUUCAUCACCACUUCUAAAUGACCAACAUAACCAACCUUUACCAUUUCCGGUUCAACUGUUCAACAGUUGACUCGGAGUCAAUCACGAACUCAUCUGAGUUACUCAUAUUCAUGGACGCUCACCCGUGUCCUGAACACCCGAAAUGUUCACCUCAACGUCUUGAGUCGAGCCUCGAUUUCUACGAAAAAUCGACUCCUCACCACAUCCGACCGACAUCGCACAUGAUUUGGGAUAUUGCUCAGCCUGGAAUAUCGUGCAGCCAUGCAUCGGCUUCACAUUCAUUCCUGCGGUCAGUGUUUUGGCGCAUCGAGAACAGUCCCAUUUUUGGAAUAAACUAUACGGAGAGACGCCUGAGGAUAUGAUUCGAAAAUUCAGGCGCAGAUACCAAUAUUCCCUAAAGCUCUGUCCUGUCCUUGCGCGCAAGGCAUAUACCAGAUAGGCGUUACACCUAUCCUGAUGGUGAAGGUUACGGAAAGAACCAUUUACAUAAUAGUAUGGUUUGAUUUGUUUGCUCUUUGAUAUACAAAUGGCCGACACAGACACAACAAAAAGAGGGGGUCAAUCCCGGUCAAGUCUUGCCUUAGCCUGGUUGAUACUAUUUUUGUGAGCCUCGCCUGUGUUUGAUUUAAUUGGCUCAUUCUUCCCUCCCCCCAACCAGAGGGCAACCGUUGCCCCGAACGUUCCAGAAGGAUUUCUGUCUUCAUUGACAAAAGACGCAGUCUUUGUCUUUUGCCAUCAUCAUCGCCCGCCAUGGAUAAGGCCAUUUUGGGUCUGACAGCCCAGAAGAUACGAGAGCUAUUCACAAUUUGUGGAAUUGAGGACAGUGAGGAGCACCUUAAUCUGGUUAUCGCCCACGCUGCCGAUCAUGUUUACAAAGCUCGACUCGUGAUUGCUAGGGGCGCGACCGAGCCUAUUUCUCAGGCUAAGGAAGCGACCAUAGAAACCCCUCCGACUCCACCACAUGACACUCGUGGGUCCUAUCGACUUAUGAAACGGACAGGGAAGGAGGGUCCUACAACCUAUAGCGAUAUGGCCAGCACGGAGAAGAAGAAGAAGAAGAAAAAGAAGAGAAAAAGAAGCCACCGGUCGGAGUUGAUAGAUCAACCGCCCGGUUCGUCAGUAGCUGAUGGAAAUGGGACAGCCAAAGAUAAGGCACCCGAGGAAUCAAUUUCGCCAGAAGUACAAACAACGUCCGAAGUCGACGACCCCGAAUCUGUGCCAGAUCCCCUUGACAGCUCUUUGCCGUUACACCUAAACUCAGCCUUCGAGAUGAAGGUCAUAACAACAAUAUUGAUACAAUGUGUCAAAUACAACUCUGAUAUCGCACAAUAUGGACAGCGCGACUGCAUGGCCCUGGCAACAACUAAGCUCGAGAGGAUGCGGGAGCACGCCCAAGAGUUCUCUGGAUACAGUUAUGAGCAGGCAAUUCACGCUAUUCGAAGAGACACUGCUUUAACUACUGGCAGGGCAAUACAGACAAGAUACAACGAGACUAUCUUCUGGCCAAUCAUUCUCAAGUGCGCGGCGCUGAUCGACCCUGCCACGCUGCCACCCGUCAAGGGCCCGGCUGAUGGAUUCACCAUGGCGGAAAAAGCUGCCACAAAGAAAUUCAUGGAAGACACCGGGUAUAGCUUGGGUGCAGAAAACCAGCGACAAUACCGCAUUUUCUGGAAGAACAUAUUCCACAUGCGUGAGGCUGGUAUUGAGAAAAUUCUCUUCUACCGUACGAAAGAAUUCGACAGUUUCUGCAGAGGUUAUUCCAAAACAUCGGAAACUCCGCUUGUGGAUAAAGUUUUGAGAUGGGAAAACGAGUAUCUCCCUCAUUUCGAACAACUGGAAACGCGGAUUACCAAAUUGAAGACAGGAGACUCGAAGCGUCUUAGCUACCUCACCAAUCCUCAGGUGCUAGAACGGUUGAAAGUGCCAGAGCUCUCUUGGGAUAAUGCUUCGAACGAGUGGGCCGUCAACACCGAAGAAGAAAGCUUCAGGCAAUGCGGCUCAGUGUCUAUCUCGACUGAUAUUCUAGGCAUACCACACAACGAUGAAUCGGUAUACGAAGGUGGGACAGACAAGUCCGCAUUCAUCACUCUUCUGCCUAAAGACGACGAGUCUCUAUUCGUCUCUUCUAUUGUGCCUAUCUGCGAGGGAGACUUCCUGGGUAUAUUUGCCGGCACUAUCCGUUUCUCGGAGGAUUUUAACGUCACCCACGGUAUCUCAGGUCCCGCCGAGAGUCUGUGGCUGGACUAUUCUCAGGUGACUGGGGCGCUGAAUCAAAUGCAGGUAUCUGAACCUGGUGGUUACGCAAAUGUGUGCCUUCGUUGGGCCAUAUUUCAUGACGAUACUGCGACAGAGCCGCGCGUUUCAUGGCGCGUCUCCGUCAAAGCCACCAAGCACAUCAUGCCAUUUCAUCCGAUCGUCCGCGCAGCUGCUCAACAAGAGCAAUACCAUUUGCAUCUGUCACCUGGAAAUGCCAAAAGAGGCUUUCUCGAAUCUGCUACUAACUAG